AUGCCCAUCGACCUCUUCUUUGUUCAAGACGAGAUCUACCUAUUAUUGAUCCAGAAUCAGUUCUCAUGGGCCUUGGCCGAGAUGCGACCUAAAAGCCGUAACAACCUUGCGACCGCGAUCAUAUGCGCCCUUCCUCUCGAGGCUGACGCUGUCGAAGCGCUUUUCGACGAGAAAUAUGACCGCCUCGGGAGAUACUACGGCAAGCAGGAUGGCGAUGCGAACGCAUACAUCAAUGGAAGGAUCGGGAAACACGAUGUGGUCCUGUGCUACAUGCCAGGGAUGAGAAAGGGAAGUGCAGCAAGUGUCGCGUUGGGUCUGCGAAUCAGCUACCCUGGCAUAAAAAUUGCUUUGGUCGUUGGUAUCUGCGGAGGGGCUCCAUCGCCGUCGAAAGACCAGGAAGUGUUUCUCGGUGAUGUGAUCAUUAGCGAUUCGGUGAUUGAAUACGAUUUUGGUCGCCAAUAUCCCGGCGAAUUCCAGAGAACGACCGGCAUCAAGGACUCCUCGGCAGACCAGAUCGAGAAAUUUUAA